AUGAGUAGUCUAUUAGGUCUUAAUUAUUACGAUGACGACGAAGACGAAGAACAAACUGGUAAUACAACAAAACCUACUAAAGCUAGUUCAGUUCCAGGGUUAUCUAGUCUGAUUGGUUAUCAGGAAGGAGACGAGGAAGGAGUAGCGGGCGAAGCUAAUAAUGGGCUUAAAAACGUAAGUGCAUAUAAUUCUCAAGCCAUAGUACAUAAUGAUACAGGCGGUAAACGAUUAAAAGAUGCAUCAAAUAAGCCGCCUUCGCCUACGAUACUGCUUUCUCAAAGAACACUGGCUCCAUCUCCUUCAGUUUUCUCCAAUUUAGUCCGUCGGAAAAAUAAUAACACAACGCCGCAUAAACAACGUGAUAGUUUAUCUACAUCACCGAAAGCAACUAUUUCAUCACCAGUUAUUAAUAUACCAUCACCACACCAAGAGGUUUCGGAAUCUGAUGAACGGUUAAAACAUGAUACCGAAGAUAAUAUUACUGCAACUCCAAUGGAGGUUGAUACACCGUUUGAUGAAUCGGAGUAUGUUAACAGGAAGAUCCUCAUGCAUCAAUUGUUAACCCCUCAACAAAUUGAAGGUAAAGACAAUUGGGGAAUUCCGCAAGAACCUGAAGUAGAAUGUUGUCAAAAUCUUCAGGAAAAGAUUAUACAUUUCUACCAAUUAAGAGAGAAAGGCGUACAUUUUAAUGAAAAUCUUUUGAAAAAUAAAGCAUUUCGUAAUCCACACAUAUAUAAUAAGUUGGUAGAAUUUGUGGAGUUGGAUGAAAUCGGGUCGAAUUUUGAUCGAGAAGUUUAUGAUCCUUAUGGAUUUCCACCGGCAGCCUUUGCGGAUCAACUCGACCAGAAUAUGAUAUUAUGUAUUUUUGUAUCAAAGCGGAAGUUCAAAGGAAAUCAAAUACAAUUUGUUGGAUCAUCAUCAAGUACUCAAAGUAUUUCAAAGGCUCGUCAUGUUAUGCAAAGUUUGGCUGCUAGAGCUGAAAGAGGUUCUAGUAACAUUCACGCCUCAAUAAAACCAACAUCAAGCACAAUCACAAGCACAACCACCACAUCAUCAUCAUCCACAAGAAUAUCAACUAGUUCAUCUGGUCGAAAGCGUGUCAGUAAAUGGGAUGUUCCUGCUCCAGAUGUAUUAGCGUCGUCUUCUAAGACACACUCAUCAUCCUCAAGUUCUAAACAUAGCAGACGAAGUAGUCGAGAUCGCGAUCGAGAACGUGAUAGAGAUCGCGAUCGAGAGCGAGAUAGAGAACGUGAUAGAGAGCGUGAUAGAGAGCGUGAUAGAGAUCGCGAUCGUGCUCGCGAUCGUGAUUUAAAAAGGUCGAAGGUUUAA